UUGUACAGGAAGGAAUCAGAAUCAGAAACGAUUCAUUGCUUGUGACUUGUGUUCACAGGAUUUGGUUUUGGUUUGGUGCUAAUGUGUAACAUUAAACAGUAUAUUAGAACAGACUGGACAGCAAACCACAGCAGACAGUUCAACACACUACACCAGACGGCGCAGCCAACAAACAGGGCAGCAGGAUCAGACUGUAGAGUUAACAACAAAUUAUACAGUGGACAAGUUAUCAGACAGUAGACAAUAGACACUGCAUGUUUGAGGGAGUUGGGUGGAAAGGAAUUGGAGUGUGGGGUUACAGGAUUAUGUAAUGUUACUUUUGGGAUAAUUCUGUGUGCAUCCUUCAUUCUCUCGUUUACAUGUGUCCCCAUUCACCUCUAACAAUCUGACUGUAAUUGAUUUAAAAAGCUUUGGAUAGGGGCUUAGUGGUUAGCAUAUUUUCUUAAAACAUCCAGGGUUAGGGUUUCAAUUCCUGCCUCUUCCCUGCAUGCAUGUUUUCCCCAUAUUCCGAUUUUUAUCCCCCAGUCCAAAUACAUGCAUUAUAGGCUGAUUGGCAUCUCUGAUUAUAACCUCUGAUGGGUUGCUACCUUGUCCAGGGUAUCCCCCACGUGGUUCCCUGGGACAGGCUCCAGGAUUGCUGUAAGCCUGUGUACAGAAAAUGGAUGGAUUGAUUGUUAUUCUUGUUAUUCCACUAGGGGGCAGAAUAUAGCUUAAAUAAAUAAAUAAAUAAAUGUAUGUUCUAAUGAUCAGAAAGUAUGGUUUCACAUUGUAAAUGAAUGAAACACGUUUAAAGGACAUCAGCUGCAAAUGAUCUCGGUGCUUUUGGUGGACACAAAGUAAGUGGACUUAAAAUUCCUUAUUAGCAAUGAUCUCAGACCUCUUUUUUGUUCACAUCACAACUCCAAUAGAUAUCAGACCCCAGCUAUCCGCUGUUAUUCAUCACCUUUUUCUCCAGGUACUCAAGUACUUCUGGCACAGCUUUGUUACUUUUACACAACAUUGCAGUGCUCUUCUGCUGUAACCUCUAUCCUAUUUUGUGCUUUUUGUUUUUCAAGGCUGAUAUUCUUAUGUUUUGUCCAAAUGUCAAUAAGGGUAGUGGUCUCCUCUUGAAAGCAUACAACACUAUGGCCAGACAUUUUGAAAAGUUUAGUUUGUGCCACUGAUGGGAGAUGGCAGCUAUGUUUGUCAAGCGUUGAGAAACUGCUGGCCUAAUGAAACGCAAAGUGGACAGGUGGAUCUCUUUGCUUAUACAUCACAAAUUAGUGGCAGGUGAAGAUAAUUUUGAGCCUUCAUAUGUACAUGUUUUAUUGGCCCAAGUCCUCUUUGAAUGCCCAAGUUAUGAAAGCUGUUAUGCUUGCUGUAGUUGUUUUUAUCUUUAACGGUAAUUAAUUGAAGUUUAAUCUUUAAGCUAUGUGAGAGUGUGUGUUUAAACAUGGAUACCUUUUUUGCACAUGCACACAAAUGCCAAACACCUUUGAAAGAAGUAACAUAGUAAUCAUACUUGGUCUUUAGUGGCACUGGAGUAGGGAGCAAAGUGUGCUGGACUCAUGAGGUUAACGGUCCUCACUAACUCUGAUAUACCUUCCCAUACUAAUGCUGCUCAAGGUCUCUGCAAGGCUUCUGUCAAUGGAGCUUUACUGAGCCUCAAAUUUAAGAAUUUUCUUGCUGUGACUUGAUCAUCACUCAUUGCCUGUGCAUGACCAUACAUCUAUUUUUUACAUCUUAUAAGCUCGAUCUAGUCAGUCAGUGAGGGUGAGCUGGUCACUUGUUGCCAUUUGGUAUAUACACCAAUCAGCCAUAACAUUAUGAGCACUGACAGGUGAAGUAAACAACACUGAUGUAACACUGGGAUAUAUUAGGCAGCAAGUCAACAUUUUCUACUCAAAGUUGAUGUGUUAGAAGCAGGAAAAAUGACAAAGGCCAAAUUGUGAUGGCUAGACGACUGGAUCAGAGCAUCUCCAAAACUGCAGCUCUUGUGGGGUGUUCCCGGUCUGCAGUGGUCAGUAUCUGUCAAAAGUGGUCCAAGGAAGGAGCAGUGGUGAACCGGAGACAGGGUCAUGGGCAGCCAAGGCUUGUUAAUGGAUGUGGGGAGUGAAGGCUGGCCCGUGUGAUCCGAUCCAACAGACGAGCUACUGUUGCUCAGAUUGUUGAAGAAGUUAAUGCUGGUUCUGAUAGCAAGGUCUCAGAACACACAGUGCAUGAUGGGCCACAAUAUUAGGCAUAAUGUAAUAUAAAAUGUAAUGUAAAAUAUAAGUCAUAAUGUUAUGGCUGAGUGGUGUAUUAUACAGAUGUUGGAACACCACCCCCUGGUGGUGGGAUAGAACAACAGGUAACAUAUAAACACAGGAUAACUGCUAGUAUUCCCUGUCACUAGGAUGAUCAACUAUUACUAAUCAUUGAUUUCAGGGUUUGUUUGUUUUUUAAUUGUCGAAAGUACAAUCAGAGGAUUCUUCAUUUAAAGUCCUAACAGCAAAUAUCACCUUCCCUGACAUCUGUACUCGAAUCGAAGAGGGAUUUGGAUGUAUGACUGUUUUGAUAAAAUCUGAGGUCAUUUUGAAAAAACAGCAAACUUUUCCGAAUUAAUUUUGUGUUCAUACUGACAUUAUUAAAAAUGAUUUUUUAGUAAACCAACUAACGCCUUUUUAUGUUACUGCUUUGAAGUCCGCUAGAUGGCACCAUUUCUCCCAUUUGAAACCUUCAGCUUAAAUUUUCUUUUCUUUUUUGGGGGAUAUAUAGCCUAUUUAUAAAUUAAAAUAUUAAAAUAACAUGUAAUAAAUGCACAUUUUCUCUUAGUGAAUUAAUAACUCUGGAAUCGGUGUAACAUAUAAACUAUUUAAAUUAAAUUAGCUUAUUUAAAUUAGGCUGGUUAAAAGUACUCCCCUGAACUCAGUGAGGAAAAGGCCUCCUGAGGGAACAGCUAUGGCAUCUGUUAAUGCCAUUAGAGAAAAACUCUUGCUUCCUUCUUCACUUUUGAAAGAUAUGCCUGUUUUGGUUCCUGAAAAAACGUAAACACCUGAAAAAACAGCUGGUGUUCAUAAUCUGUUAGCCGAAAGCUCAGGGAAAUUUAUAUAGCUUUUCAACAACUGUGAUAUCUGCAUACAGAGAGAUUUAGCUGAAAUAUAUCAGUGUAAAAUCUUUAAAUUAAAUUCUACAAUUUACAGUAAAAACACCAACAGUAAAACUAGUGAAAUAGUAAUAGAAUAGAUCAUUUCAGCCCAGAGAUCAUUAGUUAAACAUGAGCAGACUUUAUGCAAUUGGCAGUGUGUUCAUCUUACAUGCAGAUCUUUUUGUCUGGGAGAAAGAAAUGAGUGAACUCGGGUCUGAAAACAUAAAGUUGUACUCGUCUUGAAGAGGGGGAUCAUUUGGUGCACAUCUGGAAAAACCAUUUCCUUACAUCUGGUAAUGUGAUAUGUUACAAAUAGACCAUGAAAGUUUCAUGAGAGACUGUAACCAUGUUUGUGGACUACAGUUCAUAGACAUAGUACUAUACAGUAUUUUAUGGUUGUUAGUCUUUAUACGAAUAUUUUUAUCUCCAGAUCAUUACUACAAUUUGAUAUGAUUGAAAUUUGUGAUUAAAUGCUUAUCAUUUUAAAAAAAAAAUCACAUCAAGAUCUCUCACUGUGUAGUACAAAUCUAAACUCACAGCUAAAACAGUCAGGCUCACCUGUGUGAUUUAUCAAAUGCCCUAUACACCUUUAAAAUAUUUAGAAAUCACACUCUUCACAUUCCUUGCUCUCCAUGGCUCUGUGUCAUUCCUUCUCUCUCCUGCAGGUGUGCUGUAGAACAGGGUGGUCGAUCCAGAGAGCUGGACACCAUUCCCAGACCCUCACUCUUGCCUGUUCCUUGUGUGUGAGUGUGUGUGGAUACAAGAAUGGCAGGGUUUAGUCAGUCAUCUUCACUGCUCUGGAUUUAUCUCUUGAUGACUAUGCUGGCUCUGCUAGCUGGUGUAUGUCUGGGAGGAUCGGACUCGCCCCGUGGCGUCUCGUUACCUUUUGUGUUUGAUCUGAAAGCAGUAUGUGAUCCACCAUGCAGGCAUGCUGGGAUCUGUAUCCGAAACAGCACCUGCUUGUGCUCACGGGGUUAUGAAGGAGAGACCUGCCAGUAUGCUAACUGUGAGCCAAAGUGUAAAAACGGGGGUGAAUGUCUCCGACCUGGAAAGUGCAGAUGUCCUCCAGGACUUGGUGGAAAAUAUUGUGAAAAAGUGGCAUGUGAUGGCGGCUGCUGGAACGGUGGAGAAUGUAUUGCAGUGAAUGGACACGCCAAGUGCAUUUGUCUUUCCAGCUGGACUGGAUCCAAAUGUCAAGAAGCAAUCUGUCCUCAGGGUUGCCAGAAUGGAGGCAGCUGUAUGGCUCCAGGAAUCUGCAGCUGUCCUGAGGGAUGGCUGGGGGGAGCCUGUCACAUCGCUGUGUGUAAGAAGCCGUGUCUGAACGGUGGAAAGUGUGUGUCUCCGGACAAAUGCCGCUGUCGCACUGCCUUCUCUGGCGCUCAGUGCGAAGACAGAAAAAAACCCUUCUGAUCUCCGCACUUACACUCUGUCAGAGAUGGACAGUUGACCAACAUGGUGCUAUUCAUUUAAGUUUGUUCAUUUACUUGUACUUUUUAUAUUUGUAAACACAUUUGUUACAUUAUAUGUAUGCUGUGUGAUUUUAUGACAAUAAAUACAUUUAAAUAGUA